UAGUCCUCAAUUAUUCUUCCGUUAUCGGGUCAAUUUUUUUUGUGAAUGUAGGUGAAGGCGAAACGGAUGCAAAAUUUUAAUUAAUUUUUUUUAAUCACGUGGAGACGCCUUGUUAAAAAUAAAAAAAUGUCGAUAAACGUUUCUCAAAUCAGCAAAUCUUUACAACGAUUCAGCUGGCCAGACUACCUGGUCUUUAUGCUGAUGUUGAUAAGUUGCAUGUGCAUUGGCGUGUACUUUGGAUGGCAGGAUCACCUGAAAAAGAAACAUCAUCGUGGUCGAAGGGGUUCCGAAGCGCUGGAUUAUCUCGUGGGCGGGAGAAAAAUGAAAGUUUUUCCCGUUGCGAUGUCGCUGGUUGCGAGUUUCAUCAGUGGAAUUAGUCUUUUGGGCACAAGUACGGAGAUUUACGUUUAUGGCACGCAAUAUUGUUACAUUUUCAUCGCAGUCGUGCUAACGGGUUUCGCUUUGCAUUAUAUUUAUUUGCCAGUUUUUCACGAGCUUCAGUUGACAUCGACUUACGAGUACUUAGAUCGUCGGUUUGACAGAAGGAUUAGGCUGUUUGGCUCAGUUACUUACAUUAUCACUUCGAUUAUUUGGAUUCCGAUUGUAAUCUACGUACCAUCAUUAGCUUUUGCUCAAGUUACUGGCAUCAACAUCCAUCUCACCAGUCCAGUGAUUUGCGCUGUUUGCAUCUUUUACACUUGCAUUGGGGGAUUGAAAGCAGUUGUCUGGACGGAUGUCAUUCAAGGAGUUAUAAUGUUAGCCAGCAUGAUCGUUGUCGCAAUAAAAGCCACAGUUCAAGUCGGGGGACUGAAUGUCGUAAUUGAGCGAAAUUAUGAAAGUGGUCGCAUUGAAGCUCCGAUCUGGGAUUUGGAUAUGACCAUCAGGCAUAGUUUCUGGAGCACCGUAGUUGGAGGAUUUGUCUAUUGGAACAGCGUCAAUGGCUGCAAUCAAUCCAUGGUGCAGCGAUAUUUGUCACUUCCGAAUUUAAAAGCUGCUCGAAAGGCGGUGUGGUUUUUCGUCAUCGGAAUUAUCGUGAUUUUAUCUUUUUGUGUCUACAACGGACUUUUGAUCUAUGCCAUGUAUCACGAUUGUGAUCCACUGCAAACGGGUCUUGCUAAGCAAAAGGACCAACUUGUGCCGUUACUCGUCAUGAGUGUUUUGGGGGAUUAUCCAGGCUUAACGGGAUGUUUCGUCGCUGGGGUUUUCAGUGCAGCUCUUAGUUCCUUAUCGACCGGGAUGAAUUCGCUCGCCGCUGUCGUUCUCGAGGACUUUGUCAAACCGGCGUGCAAGGAAAAAUUGAGCGAUCGCACAACCGCGUACAUUAUGCGAUCCACAGUCAUCUUUUUCGGACUUCUGGGAACAGCUUUGGUCUUCGUGGUGGAACAUCUCGGACAAGUGCUGCAACUUUCAAUGAGUUUAUCGGGUGCCGCACUCGGGGCAAGUCUCGCCGUUUACAUUAUUGGACUUUUUAUGCCGUGGAUUAAUGCAACAUCGACUCUCGUGGGUGCCUGCAGUGGCAUCGUAAGUGCCAUGUAUAUCGUGCUGCGGGCCCAAACGGACAUCGCCAACAAAGUACUUACGUUUGAAACGAAACCGACAUCCAUUGAGGGCUGUACUUAUUCGUUUGUCGCGAAAAAUGUGACAAAUUUGGGGUUGGAUGUGAAUAAUUUUACGGAAAAUCACAGUAAGCCAAUUCAUCACAUGUCAUAUAUGUAUUAUACGCUCUUUGGGGCUCUCAUAUCGAUUAGUGUGGCGCAAUUAGCGACUUUUGUUUUUGGCAAGCAGGAUCCCGAUGAGCUGGAUAGGAAGCUCAUUACGCCGAUUGUGCGAAAGUAUUUAAGGAAGCCUAGUAUUAACAAGUAUGAUGUGCAGUUAGGGAAACAAAUUACAGACGAAAAUGUUUGUAAGACGUACGAGUUUCAAGAUGCUGAGAAAAAUGGACAUUAA